ACUUUUGGCCCAAACGAUAUAAACAAAAACAAUAUAAAAGACAAACAACCGGCGAUUGGAUGAGAAUAUAUAUUCAUAUCACACAGAGGAGAGAGAAAGCUCGGCAGAGGAGAGAGAAACUAGAGAGAGAGAGAGAGAGAGAGAGAGAGAGAGAGAGAGAGAGAGAGAGAGAUUUCGCUACUGGAGCAUUCAUUCGAUGGAGAUGAGCUCUGGAGCCAUCUGACAAUCCCUUCGUCUACUACCCUUGCCGAAACCCGUGACCUGAAUUCUCACUUACCAUACCGACUCGCUGGCCUGAGAUCGCUGGUCUUCGCCAACCGAUGAUCUUCGCGAUGAACAACGGCGCCAAUGGAUUCGGCAGGGCGAUGGAGGAGGAGUACAUCAGGCGGCACCACAGGCACGAGAUCAGGCACAACCAGUGCAGCUCUUCCCUCGCCAAGCACGUCAAGGCUCCUGUCCACCUCGUAUGGUCCUUGGUGAGGAGAUUUGAUCAACCACAGAAGUACAAACCCUUUGUAAGUAGGUGUAGUGUGCAGGGUGAUCUUGAAAUUGGUAGUGUUAGAGAAGUUAAUGUUAAAUCAGGACUUCCAGCCACAACUAGUACAGAAAGGUUGGAGCUUCUAAAUGAUGAGGAGCAUAUCUUGGGCAUGAGGAUUGUUGGUGGGGAUCACAGGCUUAAGAAUUACUCCUCCAUCAUUACUGUUCAUCCAGAGAUCAUAGACGGGAGACCAGGGACGUUGGUGAUCGAAUCAUUUGUGGUGGAUGUUCCAGAUGGGAAUACCAGGGAUGAAACAUGCUACUUCGUCGAGGCCUUGAUCAAAUGCAACCUGAAGUCACUGGCUGAUGUCUCAGAGCGUUUAGCUGUGCAGGACCGAACCGAGCCAAUUGGCCAAAUCUGAUAAGAUAGGGUUCCAAGUGUAGAGAAGUCCAAUCAUUGUGGAUGACAGGUUUUGAGGCUUUCUGUUGUGAGAAGCAUGGACCCUUCCUUUCCUUACAGUUUAUGCUUUGGUUUUUCCAUCUUUUUAUUUCAAAAGUGAUCUUGACUGUCCAUAGUAGCUCGUGAUCAAUCCCGUCUAAUAGCUUACACGUUAAAAAACAAGCUUAGAUGAUAUUCCUCCAUGGUUUUGCUUGGUCUUUAACCAUGAGGGUACAUAGAGAUCCUUGAUUGUAAAUAUCCAUGCUUGCUGAACCCGAUGGUCAUGAAUCUACCUUUGCAUGUUUUAAUUUACCUCUAGAAAGGGGUGUUGCUUGGA